AUGCAAAUUAUAAAAUCUGGAUUAGAGGCGCAUUUACAUAAUUUCCAUUUGGAUUUGAUAGCCGGUGCUUCCAUCACUCUUUGGCUGCCUUUUCAUGCUCUUGGUGGUGAUGCGGCACACGAGGAACACAACGCACACAACGCACACAACGCACACGACACUCGCAGCCUCACUGAGAGCGUACUCCACAAUACCCCCCACUCCGGCAACCGUGAUUGGGAAGCCUUCGUCGACGCCUACAUGGCCCUCCUACACUCCCACCCCGCGCAGACUUGGCCAGCCACAGCGCGGUGCUACACGACGCUAACGACUCUCUUUAUCCAGUGCACCAGCGCCGGCAGUACACAAACCACCCCUGCUCUCCGCCUCCUCACGACGUUCCUCCCGAGACUGGCAGUGCGCACCAGCCACGCAGCGGCGAGCCAAGCGGCGAGUCAGCUCAGUCGUGCGCUAGCAGUGACGAAUGUGAACAUAGCACAGCGACGCACACUCCUCGUACACAUCACCAACAUGCUCGCGUGGACCUAUUUCAAGCUGCACAGACUCCAUUCCCUCCCUACGGCCCUCAAAGCGGUUAUUCCAUUGGAGGUGGACGGCGCACAUGCUCUCAAUUCCAACUAUUCCCGCGCUGAUGUCACCACUUACCGCUAUUGGCGCGCUCGCUCUCUCCUCGCCGAGUGGAAGGUGGGCGCUGCGUUCACCCACCUCGAAGCGGCAUACAGGGGGUGUCUUAGUUCUGCACAGACACACUCACACGCUCGCUCUGUUUCAAACAGACGUCGCAUCGCCGCGUAUUGGCUGGUCACUGCUCUCAUCCAGCGCAGAUGCCCCACGUACACCCUCCUCCAGCGCAACGAGCUCGAGUGGCCGUUCGCGCAGCUGUUCGCGCACACGCGCAAGGGCGACGUGCGUCGUCUGUAUGCUGCGCUCAACCGCCCAGAUGUGCGCUCCUUCUUGAUCAAGAUGGGUGUAUAUACCAUGGUGCGGGAGAAGGUGGAGUGCGUUGCACACACAGCUCUGCUACGGCGCACACUCAGGCUUUACAUGCAGCUGAAAGGAACAGCCACUCCGAUUAUUCCCCUUGCCGUGUUCCUCAGAACCCUCCAGAUCGCUCAUCCAGACGAACCGUACACCCUCGACGUGGACGACGCGGAGGCUGUCGUCGUAUCUCUCAUCGAUCAGGGCCUCGUCGGCGCUAGCAUCCAGCAUAGCUCGCGCACGCUCGUCUUGGCCAAGAGCGACAACAGCGCGUUUCCGCGGGCGGUGUAG